AUGGCUCCGAAGAGACGCACGAAGGCGGUAGCAAGGUCCCGUGUGGCAGAACCACAACGUUCGGGUCGUGCUGCUGCUAGUUCUGCCGAUGUAGCAGAACAGUCGGGCCUCGCCAUGUCGACCCCAAAAUCCGAAUCGAGCUCACGAGCAAGAACCCCAAGAAGGCCUGCUGCUAGAGGGAAAUGGAGCGAAGAGCAUUUAUUGACGAGCGACAAGUCCCUCCUUGUUGACUUUGAUCUAGUGAAACUGCUGGCACAACCUGAAGCAUGGAAUUGCCUCGAGGAAAGCGACAAGCGCGAAAUUCUUGCUCUACUCCCCCCAGAUGUUCACCCGGAGGCACAAGCUACAUCGGAUGUCCCAGACGCAAAGAUACCACCCAUACCUGACUCUUUUAUCCGCUACUCAAACAACUGGCGCGACGGCGUUCGACAGUUCCAGCUUGACCUCCAAAACGGCCGCUACGACCCCGAAUGGCUGCACCAGGCGCAGGAAGCCAGAGAGCAGCGCGAAAAUGGCGAAUUUGAUGACUUCAAAGAGCGCGAGUAUGAGCAGUUCUGGGGACAGAAGCAGAAAGUCAUCUGGCGUGCAGCUGCUGGAGAAAGUGCGCGUGUGAAGAUGGGAACUCUUAUCGAUGAGGGUGUCAUCCAGCUGGGCGAUAUCUGGAAAUUCAAUUAUGUUUACGGCAGAGGCCCCGGCAGAAUUGUCAUUGAAAAAGAAGUCAGGAUUCAUGAUCGUGAUGGUGCGAAAUUGACUUUUGCGAUUCCACCCGGUGAACGAGUCUUUCUUCGCAGCAAUUUCGACAAAGCAGAGCCAUGCCCCGCACCAGAGAAGGGAAAGGAAGAUGUGAAAGCCGACCUCGAGACAGAGCAACGUCCAGCGACAUCACCUUGGAAUGAUAAACAGUUGAAAGACCAAGACCCAGAACCACAGUUCAUUAAUGCAACAUCCAAUGGCGAGGAGGUGAAGCCCGACGCCGAUCAAGCGCCACAGGAGAUCCCUGUAUCUUUCAGUGACGAGGAAAUGAAGCUUGAGCACGGCCAAGCCCCACAUGGGAUCCCUACGUCUGCCACCGACGAGAUGAAUACCAACACCGACCACGCGCAACAGGACACCCCUACUUCUUUCAAUGAUGAGGAAGUGAAGCGUAAUAAUAGCGGAGCGCGACAUGGGAUCCCCGCAUCUUCCACUGAUGGCAUGAAUAUCGACACCGACACCGCCGCACAGCCGGUCAUUGCGCCUUCGAAUGAUGAGGAGAGCCAAGAGGAAACCCCAUUCAGCGUUGUUAUUUUUAGCCCCGGUGGUACACGAAAUCAAAAGCCCAAGCGCACAAUUCCUGAGCCCCAACCUCAACCCCCAGUGAAACGCAAGCGAGGACGACCACGUAAAAUCCCACUAAAGCAACCCGAGCCAGAGCGGCCCCAAGAGCAGGAAGUGUCUCAGGAAAUAGAAGUGUCCCAACGUGAUGAACAGAGCUCAACUGCUCCUCUUUCUUUCAUGGCCAUCUUGAAUUCGAAAAUUGAAGAAAACGAGAAAGCUGCAGCAGAAUUCUCCCAGCCAAAGCCCUCUCACCCAGAGUCUCACUUCUCGGUGCUUUCUUCCACACCUGAGCCCACCGAGCUGCCAGAGUUAUCUACGUCAGUAGAGGAAUCAUCUAUUGCCAACGGCAAAAAUGAUAAAGCGGAAUUAUUGAAAUUAUCCACAGCUCAUUCCGAUACUCCUAUGGAGAGCGUCGAGGCGCCCGUCGAAGCACGCGCUGAGGUAAACGCUGGGGCAUCCGUUGAGGCUGAGCAAGACGAAGUCACUAAAUCCACAAAUACUGAACAACAGAAAGUCCCAGUCCCAGCUUCUCAAAAUACUACCAUUGAGCUGAACGAGAUCAUCGUUCCCAAUCUCUCCUCGCCACAAGCACUCGUCCUUAAGAUCCUACAAAUCGAUGGCCGCAUGCCGAAUGGCCGUACCGCGAAUGCUUGGAAGGAAAUCCGGUGCUACCGAAAUAACCAGGACAUGGGCAGCCUCUUUGAUGUGCGAGAGGCUUGGUUCCUCCAGCAUGGACAACUUGAGUAG